GAGAAAAAAAUCAAGGAAAUGGAAAAAAAUUUACAAACAAGUUCUUCUGUCAUAUUGGAAAAUAACUUGCAAUCUGAUUUUCUCAAAACAACCCCAUGCUUUCAAAAAUAUUCUGUAAAAGUAGACAAAGGUUUCAAAGAAGGUUGUGAUAAAUGUAGACAAGGCUUAAGUGAAUCUUGUUUAUGCCAAAGAAUUGAUGGUGAAACUCAGUCACACAAAAAAAUUGUCCAUUCCAAUUACAUGAUUAAAGUGGACUACAAACAUUCUUGGACUAGAAGUCACAGUGAAGAUAGUAAGAAUGAUACAAAAGCAAAUGGCAAAAAAGAAUUUGAAAACCAUCAUUCCAAGCCCAGACUCAAUGGACCACAUGUUUUGCUUGAUUUUAAGAAACAAUCUAGUUUAUUUACUGAACCAGUAAUUCCCAGCCUCUCCAUUAAAAGAAGAUUGAACAGUGCUAAAGAAGAACAGGAGCUAAUUGAUCAGUUAAGAAGAUUAAUAGAAAAUAUACUGAAAGUAACCUUGCCCGAUGAUUUGGGAGGAGCUCUUCGAGAUGGUAUACUAUUGUGCCAGCUGAUGAACCAGCUUUAUCCACACUCACUAGUCAGUAUUCAUGUGCCUUCUGCUUUGGUGCCUAGAUUACCAGUAACCAAGCGUCGUUUGAAUGUUGAAAACUUUCUUAAAAGUUGUGAGAAGACAGGUGUGCCAAAGGCAGAUCUGUUUAAAUGGGAAGAGGUCGUCAUGCAGGAGCAGGUGGCCAAGGUCGCCCAUACCGUCCAGGUUCUUCUCUCUCUGUCCAAAGUCACGCUGCAGACAGACUUAUAUGGUGGUAGUGACGUUUUUCUCUCAUAUUUGCUGGUGGGACUGUUUGUUGGAACCUGUCUUAUGAUACUUUUGUGCCCUCCUCCACCAUAAUUGGAUGGCAGUUUUUAAGCCACUGAUGAUUAUAGGUUUGACAUUUAAAAAAAAACAUGGGGUCAGAGUUGCAAGUCUCUUACACCUGUGUAACUCAACUUUAACCAGUUAUAACAUUCUGUAUUUUUGUUUCUAAGUUUUUGUGUACUUAGUAACUAGAAUAGAUUGAUUUGAAAUUGAUAAUUUACAUUGCACAUUAUAGGUUUGAUAACAUCUAGCCCUAGUAUUAGUAUAUGUAAACUAACUAAUUACAGUUAUGUGUAUAAUGUUGUACAUAGAUAAAAAACAGAUUUUUAUACAUAUUUAUUUUCAAGUCUUCAUAGUGAACAUGGGAAAGCUCAUCGAAGGAAAAACUGUUGUAUAUAAUGAUGGUAGCUUCAAAUCUACACUAAAUGCUAGAUAUAGAUUGCGCUGCCAUAUGUUAUCCAAAAUGUUUGCAGAAGUGUUAUUAAACUGUAUAAGACUGAUAUGUUAUGUAGAAAGGAAUGUGCUUUGUAAUUUUUCUAUAGAAAGAGAAGCAAAAAUGCUAAAACAAUUAGUAAAAUAACUAAAAUCCUGAAGAAAAUAUGAAUACACAGUUUUGAAAAAAAAAUUGGACAAUUUUGUCAGUAAAGUUCUGGAAAGUACGUUUAGUGUAAGGAGUUUCUUAUAAAUGUAAUCAGUAUCGAUAAUGAACACUUAAGUGUUUUACUACAUCUGUCUUUAAGAAGUUGUAAUCUUGUAAUGGCACCAAGAAUGUGUGUGCCAAUGUAUUGCUUCCAUGAUCAAUGCAUUAUCUGUCUCUUAUUUAAGAAAAGUAACAGUAUUAUAGUGUACACAUUAAAUUGUAUCAUAUAAUUAUUUUUCUUAAUUUACCCACUAUUAUACUAUAUAAGAAAUGUUUAGCUAGGUACUUUUGUUUUUGUUUAGACUAUCCCAUUGUUUUCUAAGACAAAUAUUACCUUCAAGUGUUGGCACUAUCUUUCAACAUUAAUUUAUUAAAUAAACUUUUUUUUCCCCUAUUGGUGGAAUUACUUAACAUGAAUAAUUUAUCACUUCACUACAAUUAGAGUCCACAUAAAGAUGGUAAUAGGUGUUACAGAAAGAAUAAUAUAAACAUAUACAGUUUUACAUUUGUUGUACUAAGUAAAUUAUAUUUAAUUUUGAACAACUAUUAUAUCAGUCUCUAAUACAGUCUAGUCAGGAUUAGCUUGAACAUGAUACCUUACUUGUUUGAACAAAAUUUGUAAUGUUCUUACAAAAUUCAAACAAAAUAACUGACUAUUUUAUUUAUUUAAUGGACUAACAUAUCUUUUGAAUUACUCUUAUAAUUAAAGUAAUUAAACAUAAUUCUUUUACUUAUAUUCACUAAUGGAAGUAAAAUCUAGCACAGAAAGUUUUAUUCAGAUAGAUGAAAGAGAACAAGUUUUAUUGUAUUCAAAGCUCUAAUCUGACUGUUGCAAGAGUCAGUAAGGCUUAAUAAAACAAUGCAAAGUAAAUAAUACAUAGUGAUAGUGCUAGUGUAUCAUUUUAUAAUUAAUAACUCCGUAUCAAGUAAAUUCUUAAUUUCAACAGACCAUUGUUCAGAAACAUGUCUUUAGAGCAAAUAAAACUGACUUUGUAAUCUGUAUAUGUUUUAUAUUGUUAGCACGAACAACAUUUGAAGUGCCCUACACGCCACAUUGAUAAAGUUUCUGAAUACGUCAAAUUUUACAUCUCCGAGUAGCAAAAUUUGUCAUAAAAUAUAACAAAAUCUGUAUACGUUUCUUUACUGAUGUACUUAAUGUUUUAUAUUAAAUUGUUCUGGUGAUCCAGAGUAAACAUUAGUCAAACUAUGUACAGAUUAAUAUAUAUAUAUAUACUGUAAAAUAGCUUUCUAAACAAGCUCAUUUCACCAAAGAUUAAUUUUUAAUGGGACCAAAGAAAGUGAAAAAAAUAUGAGUGAAAAGUAUUUUGUUUUAAUUUUAUUUUUUAUGAAUUACCGAAUCACAUAAUACUGUAAGAUAGAGGGUAGUACCUAAAGAGACAUAAACAGUCACUGUAUUAUGUAUUUUAACUAUUAUCACUUUUUUUUUUUCAAAUUAGAACAUUUAGGUUUUGGUAACUAUACCCCUAAAGAUCAAGUGCAGUAAAUUAAUAGUUGGCAGUCUUAUGGCCCAGGUACAUAUGUUACUAUAAAGUAAAGAUUAAAAGUUAAAAUCCUUUUUGCCCUGUAUGUCUUACAGUCGUAGAAAGUAAACAUGAUAAUUUUAAUGUAAUGAGUUCAAGUUUUAAAAUGUUGUGUGGUAAUUGAUAAUAUAAAGUAAUGCUAAAACAAAAAAAAAGAGAUACAAGGUACAAUCUCAAAGUGACUUGUGCUGAGUGUUUUCGGUUUCACUUAUUUCACUCUAGUAUUACAUGCAUAGUAAGAUCAAGAGCAUGAAAUGUUAUUGGUCUGAAGAUUUGUUUCACAAACUCUGCAGUAUUAUUAGCUUGUAAUUUUAGUGAAGUUACAAACUACUUCAACAAACCUUGACCUGUUAUGUGGUGAAGAUAAAUGAUCACUAACUUUAGGAAAUUUGGUUAAUUUUAUUAUUUACCAUUUCAGCUUAUUUCUUUAUCAAGAACACCUUACCACCUAUAUAUUCUGUACUUGGUAAGGUGUCUAUGAUAAAGGCAUAAGCUGAGAUGUUAGAAGAUACAUAAAAUCAAAUAUUAAGUUAAGAUGUUUGCUAAAAUAUGAUGUUAAUGCUGUAGCAUCUACUACAUGCUUUAAAAUCAAACUUAGUUUGAUUAAAUUGGCACCUAAUAUGUAUAAUAAAUUUGAUAACUUUAUAAUUUUGAAGUAUUUUAUGAUUAUAGCUAUGAUGGAAGUAAUGUGCUCCUAUUUUGUAGUUAUGUAAUUCAUUUACUAAUUAUUGUAUAAUCUUUAAAGUUGAUUCAACGACAUGUAUUGUUACUGUAUAAUUACACCAGGAUGAUAUUAAAGUUAACAAGAAAUCCAGUAUUUCAAAUCAAAACAUUUGAACUUUCAGAACUAUUUGGAUAUCACUUAAUUUUACAAUAUUUUCUUUCAUUUACAUUAGCAAACAAAUGUUGAUACAUCUUCAGUAGAUACAGGAAAGCAUUUAAUGAAGUUAUAUUGGAUGAGUCAAUGUAUAAGCUGUUAGUGAAGCUGUCUUGAAAAUCAUUGGAACCUAGUGAAAAAGCUGAUAUCAUUAAGCAGUAGCUAGUGAGAAAUUUGUAGAUUACAUUAUGUUUAGCAGAUGAGUUCAUCAGUGUUUUAAUGAUAAUACUUUGCCAUCCUUAAGAUGAAACUUGUUUGAAGGCCAAGUCACAAGUAGAUUUAUACUAACUUGGUCAUGGUAUAACUGUAUAAUAUACUGAACAUUCUAUAUCCAGGCAAUAUUUCUCAACUUUGCUUUAGUAGAAUAGUUGUUAGGAAUGGCACAAUUGAGAAAAGUACUGCGUACAUGUUACUAUGUAAAAUCUAGGUUAUUUCUAUAAUUCAGUUUGCUGUAUCUUCAAGCUGUUAUUGCCUUAGCUCUCUCUCUCUCUCCAUAUAUAUAUAUAUAUAUUAUGUAUUCAUUGUAUAGUGCUUUAUUAAAUUCAUUAGUUGGAGUGAUGCUGAAAUUAAUAAGGAUUUACUUGUGGCUGCGUAUUUGACGGGAGUUAUUUAUCUUGUAUUUAAAUAUUAGUUUCCAUAUGACUUACUCAAAUAUUUGUUGCUGUGUACUUAAAAUAUUAUUUUCAGUUUGAAAUAUUAAUGAGAAUUUGGGCCUUUAAUGAUACAGGGAAUGUUCAAAGAUGGCAGGUUUUAUUUGUUGGACAAUAUUCACUGUAUCUGGAUUUGUAAUUAUCUAUUUUAUGUUAUUUAUAGUACAUACUGGCAUCUGUUUAUAUGGAAUUUAAAGAGGGGAUCCAUUAUUAUACUCCACUCUUUCAUCUCCACAAAGUCUGUGUUUCCGAAUGUUAUCAUUUAAAAUAUUCUAAUCUUGAGUAUGCAGGGCUAAGUGGCUUUAAUUCUAAUUAGAUACAGAUGGACAGGAAGCAGUUGAAUACAGAAGCACCGGGGUAAAACUCAUUCACUCUAAAUAAAUGGAUUGUACUAUGAAGGUUGACAUUUUAAAGAGAAAAUAGCACAUUAUUUUUCCACUAAGGAGUUCUCACAAAGAAAAAAACCUCAAGUGAAAGAAAAAGGUGCAUUUCCUACCUUUCAAAGUUAAAUUUUAUUAACCUGGGUAAUUUAUUAUGCUUAUGGGCAUAAUUUAAAUUAUAUAAUAAUUUAAUAUCAUUAAAUUAAUAGCGUUUAAUAUCAUUUAACAUGGCAGCAGUGGAUUCUAGUAACCUAAAGUCUAAACUAAGGAUCUACAAAAUUUUUAAAUGAUAAAUUAAAAUUUAGAAAUUUUAUGUGAGUGCAACACCAAAAGGUGUAAUAUACCAAUAAUUGUGUAGUUAGAAGGUUAGGAUAUAUCUAGUGUCACUAUAUCUCUUAACUAAAUCUUUAUGAUAAUAUAUUUACAAAACCAGAAUUUCUUAUACAUGUAUAGUUUAUAAAGACAACAUAUCACUUCUGUUAAAUUCCUCAGCAUGCCUUUUUUUUUAGGGUCAAUGAAUGAAAAGUGCACAAAAUAAUGAAGCACUUAUUUUUCUACAUGCUUUCUGAAAGUAUGCAGAUGUUUUUUUGAGUUCAUGAAUGUGAGUACAAACGUGCUUUAAAAUGAAUCUUGCCACCAGUAAGCACUUUAAUAACUCCGAACAUUAGGGUUGUGGACAUUUUUGUAACUGAUUUACUUUAAGUUUUAGUAUUUUAUGUACAGAUAUAGUAACAUCAAAACUAAAUGUGAUAAAUAUCAUUAACUUAACUUGCCACUACAAGAAUUGAAAAGGGAAAUGGUACAACUUUGCCAAAGUUUUACUGGUCAUUGAAACCCUUGUUAAACUUUUUAACAUCUAGAACAUGAAUUUUUGAGGAAAUUUGUAUGCAGUAAGUGUUUUGAACAUAUCUCGUGAUGCCUUUGAUUUAUGUAGCCAAGAAUAUAAAAUUUCAUGUGAUUGUAAUAGUAAGAGAGAAGCCAGACAUUGGUAUUAAUGCCCUAUUGAUUUGUUUGCUUGUUAAUCAUUUGUUAUUAUAUGUAAUUAAGAAGUUUUACAAAAUCAUAAUUUUGGAUGAAUUUCACUAUGAAAAGUGAAUGAUCCUUCUAAAACGAAAGUACCAAAAUAAUCAGAAGAUUUUUUAUACAGUCACCAAUGUAUUUAUCUUUAUUAAAUAUGUUGUUUGUUUGUUUUUGCAACACUUAGCUAUUACUUAAUUCACUUAAAACAUUCUUCCAUUUACCCACAGACCCUGCAAAGAUGACAUACUUUUUAAUGAAUAUUUGGGUUUUAUUUUAUUUGGUCUGGUUCAGGUGUAAAGAUGAGUUCAAUAAAUCAGAUGCUUUUGCCCAAAUUUGUUUAAUAUUAUGGGUUGCUAAGUUGUAGAAGCUACUUUUACAGCACACCCACACAUAUUUUAAACCUCAGUAUUUAUCAAUGUAGAUUUGUGACACAUUAGAGCAAAAUAUUAAAUGAAUUUUUGCUUACAAAUUAUUUUUAGUAGCAAAAUAUAUUGCCCAAGAAUGUGUACAGUCUGAUGCUUAUUUGUUUGACUCCAUUAAACAAAUGAAUCUGAAAUCAAGUCAGUUUAGAUAUGGGAAUACAAAAAACUUAAACAAUGUCUGUUGUUUUUUUUUCCU